CACGGUAGAAUUAAGAAACCGCUCUAAUGGAAUUUUAGGCUGGGGUGUGUCGCCGUUAAUACAUGCCAAAGAUGUUGCACUGGAGCAUAUCCAUGUACGACGAUGGCAAGACGGAAGCCUUCUUGGGACUAUGCCCGUGAACAAGACCUACGGGCAACAAGUGGUCAUUCACCGCGCAGACCUCCACAACGCUUUAAUCGAAAAGGCACUCGAACUCCCGAAUGUGGAGUUGCGAGUGAAUUCGCAUGUAGCAACUGUCGACUUUGAAUCCACAUCGGUGGUGCUGGUCAAUGGCACCGUUGUCAGGGCUGAUGUUAUUGUUGCAGCUGACGGAAUCAAGUCGAUUAUCCGCGAUCAGUUACUGGGUGAGGGCGCCUCUCAGGCCAUUCCCACGGGGGAUGCAGCAUACCGAAUUAUGCUCACCAAGGCUGAGAUGGAGAGCGAUCCCGAACUGAAGAGACUGGUAGAAGUUCCAGAGGCGACACGGUGGCUCGGCCCAGAACGCCAUCUCAUUGCUUACCCCGUCCGAAAUCACGAACUUUUCAACAUUGUCCUAGUCCACCCUGACCGCCAUGGGGUUGAGGAGUCCUGGACCACAAGAGGUUCAAAGCAAAGAAUGGUUGACGACUAUGCGGGAUGGGAUCCGAUAGUCACGAAGCUUAUCAAUCUGGUUCCGGACGAUGAGGUGCUCGAGUGGAAGCUAUGCCUGCACCCGCCGCUGAAGACCUGGAUCAGGGGCUCCGUGGCAAUGAUUGGGGAUGCCUGCCAUCCCAUGCUUCCAUACGUUGCUCAAGGUGCCGCUCAAGCCGUGGAGGAUGCCGCCGCAUUGGGUGUGUUAUUGUCCGACAUCACAUCAAAGACUGAAAUUCCUCUUGCGCUUCAAGCCUAUGAGAAAUCCCGCAAAGAGCGCGCAGAGACAGUUCAGCAGUCUGGUUCAACGAACCGUAUUACACUGCAUUUCCCAGACGGCCCCGAGCAAGAGGCACGAGACGAACAGUUCCGUGCUUCACUGAAAGGAGGCUCAAACCCGGAUAAAUGGUCAGACAGGCAGACGCAAGAAUUCUUGUGGGGGUGGGACGCGGAAAAGGCAGCGAUGGAGACGUGGGAAGUACUUUGCAUGGCGUUGGCAUUACGGCUUCAUAUAUGCCAGGGAUAG